AUGGGUAACGGCCAGGGAAAGCCCGUCGACCUGACAGGCGAAGCCAACCUCAACCACUUUCGCCUGCUACGAGUUGUCGGCCGAGGCGCCUUUGGCAAGGUCCGCAUUGUCGAGCGCAAAGACACCAACUUGACAUUUGCGCUCAAAUAUAUCCGUAAAGAUGAAGUUGUCAAAUCUGAAAGCGUUCGAAAUAUUAUCCGCGAGCGACGAAUGCUCGAGCAUGUCAACCAUCCCUUCAUCUGUAACUUGCGCUACAGCUUCCAGGAUAUCGAAUACAUGUACCUCGUGGUCGAUCUCAUGAGCGGUGGCGACUUGCGAUUCCACAUCUCCAGAAAGACCUUCACCGAAGAAGCUGUCCGAUUCUGGAUAGCCGAACUGGGCUGUGCCUUGCGCUAUGUCCACAGCCAGAACAUCAUCCACAGAGACGUCAAGCCGGACAAUGUCCUUCUCGACGCCGAGGGACAUGUCCAUUUGACCGAUUUCAACGUGGCCUCUGACAUUGUUCCCGGGCGCAUCAUGACUAGCAAGUCCGGAACAUUGGCCUACCUUGCCCCAGAAGUGUAUUCGGGCAAAGGAUACGAUAUCCGCGCCGAUUGGUGGUCAUUAGGUGUCCUGUUCUAUGAGUGUAUCUACAACAAGCGACCUUUUGAGGGCAACAGCGAAUCUUCGCUCAGCCAACAGGUUCAGUUUUCUCAGCCAAAGUAUCCAGUCACACAACCUCCCGUCUCGUUGACAUGCCUUUACGCUAUCCGUGCCGCGCUUGAGCCUAAUCCCAACGCCCGACUUGGUUCUACAUGGGAGAGCUUCAUCCACAACGAUUUCUUCAAGACGAUCAACUUCGAUUUGCUCGAGCAGAAACGCAUCGAGCCUAUUUUCGUUCCCUCCUCGGACAAGACCAACUUUGAUGCAACGUACGACUUGGAAGAGCUGCUGCUCGAAGAGGCGCCGCUGGAGGCUCGCGCAAGGCGACAGAAACCCAGAGAGCGGUUAAAGGAGGACGCUACGGACCAGGAGAUUCGCGAAGAUGAGCUGUAUAGAAUGAUUGAGACGGAUUUCCGCCCGUUCGACUAUACCAUUGCGGCCUACAAGAAAAUUACGGCUUCUCAGGGCGAAGACGGAGAUCCGUCCUCAAUGGAACCGCAGGCCAUUACCACAGACGACGUUACGCAGAUGCCUUUGGUAAAUGAGCCGCUGGUGACAUACCCCCUCCCUCCCGUGGAACCAACAGUCAGCAACGAUAUGCGAGGAAAUUCAAAUCAAGCACAGUCCUCUGCCUAUCCCGGACAAACCCAAUACGUUCCAUCCCCGCAAAUGAGCAAGCGAGUAACCAGCCCUACCGGCGGGGUACAGCUAACACUAGACGGCGGAGGCAGCUGGUCUGAGCUCGCUCGUCAAGACGCCACACUCCCCAAGGAUGCCAAUACCGCGGCAGAAUCCAAGAGCGAAAGCUCCGGCGGUAUGUUUGGGUUCUUGAAAAGCAAAAAGGGAAGAAACAACAGCCCUAGGCCCAAGGAACGAGGAGUCUUGGGCAAGGAAGGCGCCAGAGUGGUCAUUAGCUGAAGGGUCGACAUUGCGGCGUAAUUGCGACGACACAACAGCUUCCUAUCCAGGACAACGAAUCGGAUGCGAUACCCACGAUGAAAACGAGUACGCGAUACGGGCUAACGGGUUCUACACGGAGUUUACGGAAGACUGAUAUUUCGAAUACUAUACGGCCGGCUUGUGGUAUUGGGCUUGGGACACCGCAUGAGAAUGAGUUACUCAAGCCAUGAUAAACAAGCGGAACGUGCAUCUCCAUUUCCAACUCUGAUAUGAAACGUCCAAGAGGGCAUGCUAUAUCGCCUCUUUUAACAUUUUCAUAUCUGACGUCCAGCAUGCCUUUUCGAUCGUCGAUACCUAUCUCAUUGUACUAUAUACUCUCCAUUCUGAGGGGAAAUUACAUACGCACGUCCUCACGCCCUUUUCAUCUUUUCAUCUUUUGUUUUUUUUUUACUAUCCUCUUUUUGUUUUGGAUAGAGCAAACUGUUUAGCUCUUGUUUCGAUUUUCUUUCAUCGCUUCGAGCUCUUUUUUUUUUUUUGGCGUUGGCAAAUCUUUAGACGUGGAACAGGGAAGAAACAAGCAGGCGGUUUUUAGCGGGAAACAUCAAAUGGUUUAUCUGCAUCAUCCAGUAGUUGUACACAACAUGAACAAACUUUGCUAUUUUUGGACUCACUCGGUCUCAUAUUAUAUAGACGGACAGGAGUGUAGUUUCAUGUAGCUGGCCAUAAUUUAUGAUACAAAUAACAUAUAUGCAUAACAAACAAACAAACAAAUUACACUAGCGCUUGGAGGUAGUACAGCUGGUGAUGACGCAUAUCUGCAAAGGUGAUUCCAACGAUUGUUUGUUGUAACACAUGUGCAUAUAUUGUGUGGUGUCAAUAUGAUUCCCAAUCAAUUACAUCCCACGGCGUUGGCGACAUGUGGUGACGAGGUGGCUUGUUUUUUGCUUGACGGCAGUGAACUCAUGAGAUCCCAUGACUCAACUCCAUAUGGGAGACUAAAAAAGUUGCUCAUACAAUCAUGUAUAAGCAAAAUAUCAAUCCCGAGCAAAGGAAAAUUCCGGGGUA